UUGGAGCUGGGUGGGUCUGGGCGGACUUCGGACCCCUUGCGGGACCUCGUCCCCUCCCACCGCGGAGUGCAGUGGUCCGCUCCCCGCACUUCCCGGUUUGGGGCAAUUCGGGCCGCAGAAGUCGGUUCCGGAGCUGUCAGCGCCAGCGCGAGGGCGGCGGGGCGCGGGGUGGGCGCGGUCCUCUUGGUCCCCGACCCGGCCCGCGACCCCAGGCCUCCUGCACUCUCCACACCCGGCUUGCCUGGCUGCCGGCCGCGUACUGCGCCCCUCGCUCCUCUCUCGCCCGCUCGCUUAGUUCUCUCGCUCGCCGGCCGCCGGACGGGCGGGCGGGCGCCGGAGACCCCUCCGGGCCGAGACUUCUGGCAGGCGGGCCGCCAGGGCCAGGCCGCGGCCUCCUCGCCAUGUCCUCGGCCCGCGACGCCAGCAGCCAGUUUCCCCUGCACCUCCUUGUCUGGAACAACGACUACCGGCAGCUAGAGAAGGAGCUACGGGGCCAGAAUGUGGAGGCCCUGGAUCCACGAGGUCGAACGUUAUUGCACCUUGCAGUUUCUUUGGGACAUUUGGAAUCUGCUCGAGUCUUGCUCCGACAUAAAGCGGAUGUGACCAAAGAAAAUCGUCAGGGAUGGACAGUUUUACAUGAGGCUGUGAGUACUGGAGAUCCUGAGAUGGUGUACACAGUUCUUCAACACCGAGACUACCACAACACGUCUAUGGCCCUUGAAGGAGUUCCUGAGCUGCUGCACAAAAUUCUUGAGGCUCCAGAUUUUUAUGUACAGAUGAAAUGGGAAUUCACCAGCUGGGUGCCCUUGGUUUCCCGAAUAUGUCCAAAUGAUGUCUGUCGCAUUUGGAAAAGUGGUGCCAAACUGCGUGUCGAUAUCACAUUGCUGGGAUUUGAAAAUAUGAGUUGGAUAAGAGGGAGACGUAGUUUUAUCUUUAAGGGGGAAGACAACUGGGCAGAAUUGAUGGAAGUCAACCAUGAUGACAAAGUGGUCACCACCGAGCACUUUGAUCUUUCCCAAGAAAUGGAGCGCCUCACUCUGGACUUGAUGAAGCCAAAAAGCAGGGAAGUUGAGAGACGGCUCACAAGCCCAGUCAUCAACACCAGCCUUGAUACUAAAAACAUAGCUUUUGAAAGAACUAAAUCCGGAUUCUGGGGCUGGAGGACAGAUAAAGCAGAAGUUGUUAAUGGUUACGAAGCAAAGGUUUACACAGUGAAUAAUGUGAGCGUGAUAACUAAAAUACGAACAGAACAUUUGACUGAGGAGGAAAAAAAGAGAUAUAAAGCGGACAGGAACCCACUGGAAUCAUUGCUGGGGACUGUGGAACACCAGUUUGGUGCUCAAGGGCAGGAUCUCACUACAGAGUGUGCCACCACAAACAACCCUACAGCCAUCACGCCUGACCAGUAUUUUGAUGAAGACUUUGAUCUGAAAGACAGGGACAUUGGAAGGCCAAAAGAGCUGACAAUUAGAACACAAAAGUUUAAAGCAAUGCUGUGGAUGUGUGAAGAGUUUCCCCUUUCCCUUGUGGAGCAGGUCAUUCCCAUUAUUGACCUCAUGGCUCGAACUAGUGCUCAUUUUGCAAGACUGAGAGAUUUCAUCAAACUGGAAUUUCCACCUGGAUUUCCUGUCAAAAUAGAAAUUCCUUUAUUUCAUGUCUUAAAUGCACGGAUUACAUUUGGAAAUGUUAAUGGCUGUAGCACAGCUGAAGAAAGUCAGAAUAUGGAAGGAACCCAGGCUGACUCAGCUUCCCAGGUCACAAACUUUGAGGUUGAUCAGUCUGUGUUUGAAAUUCCGGAAUCUUAUCAUGUUCAAGACAAUGGCAGAAAUGUGCAUUUGCAAGAUGAAGAUUAUGAGAUAAUGCAGUUUGCCAUCCAGCAGAGCCUUUUGGAGUCCAGCAGGAGCCAGGAACUUGCAGGACCAGCUUCAAAUGGAGGGAUCAGCCCGACACACAGCUACGAUGCCCAGUAUGAGAGGGCUAUCCAGGAGAGUCUCCUCACCAACACAGAAGGCCCAUGCCCCAGUGCUCAGAGUCACAGUUUUACUACCAGCUUUAGACAAAACCCCAAUCCCUGCAGGUUAGUAGAUACAUUUCUAUUCGGAAGUGAUAACAAAACAAGUUAUUGCAGAGUCAGGGUGCUUUUCUAUAUGAGAGCAGCAGCAGCAGCCCCUGUAGAGUGGUUUAUGAGAAUUUGAGACCUUCCUUAACUGUUCACCAAAGAAAUGGGUUGUGCCGAUCUACUCUUUAUUUUACCUUUCUAUAGGGUUUCUAGGACAUUGUCAUUUCUUUUCCAUUUUCACCUUAUUCCAUAUCUUUCACACCCAGCUAAAGUUAAAGAGGAGAUAUGUACAGGAUCUAUUUUAGAUUAUGGUUAACUAUUUGCAUCAAAUUAAGAGAUACAAAUGACCACAGAUGUUGCCUUAGCCUUAAAAAUUACUAAUAGUUUUAAACCACCUCGCUCCAUGUAUUGAGGGGAUCUGAUUUGAAUUUGUAAAGGCAGUUCCUUUGAGAGCAGGAUCCUCCAGGCUAAAUCCAAGGCAGCUGUCCCUGGAGGAGCAGAGAGAGGAACCUUUGACUUGUUUUUGAAGUGGGUGAGCUGGCCAAAAUAGUGGAAGAGCAGAAAGCCAAACUAAGUGUGUGUUCUAGGCUUGCUCCAGUGAAGGAUUUCUAUGAAGAAGCCUAGGAAGAACUAGGUACAUCCUAGUUCUACUUGAAAGGGUUGAAUUUGAAAUUAGAAAGGGAGCUAACAUGGAACGCAAUGGCUCCUCAUUCAAAAGGGAAAAUGAUGAUUCCACAUUGCUUUUUAGAGUUCAAAUCAACAUCUUUCUGGAUAAAUAUAUUUUUUAACAGAAUCUUUUUAUUAUUUUUAAAAGAUAAAAAUUACUACUCCCAUCAGUAGCAAUACAAGGUUAUACAUUUUAACCAGAUUUUCUCAGGCCUUUUUUGGAUACCUUUAGUAGUUAACUAUUUUGUCUAACCCUCCUGUAAAUACUCAUCAUAUAACAUACAGACCCCUGUGGAAUACAGCGAGGGCACUCUCAUUCUGGCCCACGAAUUCGUUCCCACAGGCUGCACUGAAAUCACCUGGUAUUCUCUGUUUUGCAUCUAUUUCCUAUUACGCUCCUUUUGGGAUAGGAAGAGAAAUACAAACUAUUCCAGCCAAUGUCUAUAUCAUAGUUAGCAUUGCCAGGAAGAUGCUCCUAAACACAAAGAGUUGUACUUUUAAUGCCUGAUAGCAAUCUGCCUUUUUUGUCAUGGUCUGACCAAAAUUCUUUCUCUGCACACAAGGCCAGUAUAGGUGACAUCACAUUUGUUUCAUGUGAAGCUUGUCAUUUUGUUUACUCAGCAUCUAUGAAGGGCAAAGACACUUUGGGGAAUGACUGCAGUCAGGCCAUACUCUUUACUUUCUAAGGUGAAUCACAGGCAAUUUCAGUUUUUGCAUUUCAUUACUCUGCUUCUUUGACCUUGUCCCCAGAAAAGUCACUCAAAAAGGGACUGAGCAUUAUGUCAACUUCUUAUAGCAUUUUUUUUCAUGUUUCUAUCAAAAUGCAAAUAAAGACUGCUUCCCCAAAGGGUGCUCAUACAGUAUGGUAGAGUCUGAGUCUUCUUUGUCUUUCAUUACAGUGUUUUCUAGUCACUAAAUGGAUCCAUGCUUCCUGUGUUGUCUUCAGUUGUAUAGAUAACAAGGUAGCAUGCUUCUCUCAGCUUUCCUGCCCUGAUCACUCUACAUAUGCCACACAUGUGUAUAGAUGGAAGAGAAAAGCACCCAGUGUUGGGCUUCUCUGGAGAAACCUUUGUAGUCAUCUCCUGAAGGUGCACUGACUUGUGGAGGAAGGGAGCUAGGCCAAUUUCAACUCUCUGAGUGAAUAGCCUCUUUCCUUUGAAGCAAAAGUGCUUUUGAGAGGCUGUUAUUAAGACAUUCAGAUGAUAAUCAAGGUUCCCAGACUCAUCCUAUACCUAAGUAUGUUGGUAUUAAAACAAAACACUAAUAUAUGGGUUCCAGAAAUGAGACUUUGAUAUUUCUGGGAAGAUAUGAAGAGCUGCUUUGCUUUGGGGGCAAAGUAAACAUCAUUACUUUGAACCACAGAGCAGUAUGAAGAAAACUUUCUCUUUUUAGGUCAAUAAGUACAAAGUCAAUGGAUUAUUUAACCAACAAACAGUUUUCCAUUAGGUUCCUUAAACCUCAAGUGGCCCAAUAUUAGCCAAAACUUAACUGAGCAACUUCUGCUCAAAAGAUACUAUAGGAACCAAGUGUAUAACAAAGGCCCUCAGAAAAUCUGUUCCAAAACAAGCUUGUCACAACAUACAUAAUGUGAAGUGUCGAGAAAGUUGAAAAGUCUCUCUUAAAUAAUGACAGGAAGGGGAAAUUUCCAUAGCUACCAGCCUCCUACUGACCACAGUUGACAUCAAGGAGGAUGAACUGAACUAUGGAAAGUUCAAGAGACUCUGUGAUACAGUAAGCCACAAGGUUUAAGAGCUUGGAGAGUUUUUACUGUUCUCUUUUAAAAUCCUAAAAAUGGUGAUGAAUAUCAU